GAUCGUUUCUAUUUGUGUCGAGGUCGGUUCAGACAAACACGUCAUCUGUCAGCCAAAUCUGUGGUCCGCGCCAGCUUGGAGGCGGCUGCGGGUUUUUAUUUURUAUUUUUAUUUAUUAUUUAUUAUUUUUUCCCCGGACUCUCUUCCUGCAGAACUCAGCAGGAGUGACGCAACCCACCAGAACAGACCAUGAAGUUCCGUGCAAAGCAACUUUUCUUUCUUUUGUCUUCUUUAUCUCUCGGUGUUAUUGCAGAACUGCAUGCACCAGAAGUCCAAACAAAGCUCGGGAGCCUUAAAGGUGAGUAUGUGAGCGUAAAGGGGAAGGAGACCGGGGUCCACGCCUUCCUCGGUGUCCCCUUCGCCAAGCCCCCCGUCGGCCCCUUGAGACUGACAGCACCUCAACCUGUGGAGAAAUGGGAGGGACUGAGAGARGCCACCAAGCAGCCCAGCAUGUGCGUUCAGAACAUGCAGCUUGUGAAUGAAUUGCUAGAACUACUUGGUGGCAUGUUGGCAGACCUUCCUGACAUUUCAGAGGACUGUCUUUACCUGAACAUUUACACACCAGCAAAAAGAGCUCGUGAUGCCAAGCUCCCAGUCAUGGUGUGGAUCCAUGGUGGAGGCUUUACGAUGGGGUCUGCUUCACUGUACGAUGGGUCUGCCCUGGCUGCCUACCAGGAAGUGGUUGUGGUCCAGGUCCAGUAUCGACUGGGACUUCUGGGCUUUCUCAGCACUGGAGACGAACAUGUUUCAGGGAACUUUGGCCUUUUGGACCAGAUCCAAGGCCUGAGGUGGGUCAAGGAGCACAUUCACAACUUUGGAGGAGAUCCAGAUCUCGUCACCAUAUUUGGGGAGUCUGCAGGUGGAAUGAGCGUGUCCUUUUUGCUCCUCUCACCGUUGUCUGAUGGUCUGUUCCAUCGUGCCAUAGCUCAGAGUGGAACAGCUGCUAUGGAUAURCUUUUAAUAAAUGAUCCUGUCCCAGUAAUGCAGAUGGUUGCAAACACAUCUGGCUGCAGCCAUGAAAGCACYAAGAAGAUUGGUGACUGCUUGAGAAACCUCAAUAUUGAUACCAUUAUAGAAUUUGGGAAGGACCCUACUUUGAGAUAUCCUAUAAAUAUUGACGGACACUUUCUAAAAAAACCUGCAAAUGAGCUGCUUCAAAAACGUGAACUGCUCACGGUACCAUUCAUGACAGGCACAACUAAUCACGAAGGUGGAUUUAUUCUUGCUAAAUUCUUUUCACCUCCAAACUGGACUGAAGGAAUGGAUCGACAGGACGUUGUGAACACACUCUCUGUAUUCUACCCUGAUCCCAAAGAGGCAUUCAUCAGAGACCUGAUUGUAAAAGAAUAUGUCAAAUCUGACAAAGACCGAGGGAAAAUUCGAGACACGUACACUGAGCUCCUUGGAGAUUUCUUCUUCGCCAUUCCAGCACUAAAAACAGCAAAUGCUCACAGAGAUGCAGGCGCCGCUGUAUACUUGUACGAGUACCAGCAUCCUCCCAAAUUCCUGCAGGAAAAAAGGCCAAGCUUUGUGAAGAGUGACCACGGAGACGACAUCUUUACGGUGUUCGGGAUGUGCUUCACAACUUCUCAUGUGAAAUUACCUGAUGCAUGUUCUAAGGAGGAGGAAGAGUUGAGCAGAACCAUGAUGAGCUACUGGGGCAACUUUGCUCGCACAGGGUCUCCCAAUGGAGACGGCCUGGUCCACUGGCCAAAGUAUGGAGCAGAGGAAGAAUACCUGGCAAUUGAUUUGAAGCAGGAAGCUGGUCGUCACCUGAAGAAGGACCGGUUCGUCUUUGUGACUCAGACUCUGCCAGAGAAGAGGAAGCAGCAUGAAGAGACACUAAAAGUCCAAACAAAGCUUGGGAGCCUUAAAGGUGAGUAUGUGAGUGUAAAAGGGAAGGAUACCGGGACCCACGCUUUCCUCGGUGUCCCCUUCGCCAAGCCCCCCGUCGGCCCCUUGAGACUGACUGCACCUCAACCUGCGGAGAAGUGGGCGGGACUCAGAGACGCCACCAAGCAGCCCAGCAUGUGCAUUCAGAAUCUGAAGAUGGUUGAAGAUUUGUUUGGAAAACUUAACAUUGCAGCAAAUAUUCCAGGCAUUUCAGAGGACUGUCUUUACCUGAACAUUUACACUCCUGCCAACCGAGCCCAGAAUGCCAAGCUCCCAGUCAUGAUGUGGAUCCACGGUGGAGGCUUAACUGUUGGUGCUGCUUCACUGUACGAUGGUUCUGCGCUGGCUGCCUACCAGGAUGUGGUUGUGGUCCUGGUCCAGUAUCGACUGGGAUUUCUGGGCUUUUUCAGCACUGAGGAUGAACAGAUUUCUGGGAACUUUGGCUUUUUGGACCAGAUCCAAGCCCUGAAGUGGAUCCAGGAACACAUUCACAACUUUGGAGGAGAUCCUAAUUCUGUCACUAUAUUCGGGGAGUCUGCAGGUGGAGUGAGCGUGUCCCUUUUGCUCCUCUCACCGCUGUCUGAUGGGCUGGUCCACCGUGCCAUAGCUGAGAGUGGAACAGCUGCUAUGGACUCACUUCUUUUUAACGAUCCUGUACCAGUAAGGCAUAUGGUUGCAAACAUUUCUGGCUGUAACCUUGAACACACUGAGAAGACUGCUGACUGCUUGAGAAACCUUGAUACUGACACCAUAGUGGAAUUAGGGAAGGAUCUAAUUUUAAAAUAUCCUAUAAAUGUUAAUGGACACUUCCUGAAAAAACCUACGGCUGAGCUGUAUCGUAAACAUGAACUCCUCACUAUACCGUUCAUGACUGGCAUUAAUAAUCAUGAAGGUGGAUACCUUCUUAGUGAAGGCUUUGCACCUCCAAACUGGACAGAAGGAAUGGACCGAGAGCCAAUUUUCAACAUGCUGUCCAUUUUUUACCCCAAUCCCAAAGACGCACUGACAAAAGAUCUGAUUGUAAAUGAGUAUACUGGCAGCGGCAAAGACCGAGUGAAAAACAGAGAUGCGUACACCGAGCUGCUCGGCGAUUUAUUGUUCACUAUUCCAGCAAUUAAAACGGCAAAUGCUCACAGAGACGCAGGCGCUGCUGUAUACUUGUACGAGUACCAGCAUCCUCCCUACUUCCUGCAGAAAAAACGGCCUAGCUUUGUUAAGAGUGACCACGCAGAUGAGCUCUUUACGGUGUUUGGAUUCUGCUUCACCACUAACCACAUUAAAUUAUUUGAAUCAUGUCAUGAGGACGAGGAAGAGUUGAGCAGAGUCAUGAUGAGCUACUGGGGCAACUUUGCUCGCACAGGGUCUCCCAACGGAGGCGGCCUGGUCCACUGGCCAAAGUAUGGAGCAGAGGAAGAAUACCUGGC